AUGGAGCCGCUCGCCAUCUUCGGAACUUAUGACGAGACGCUGCUCGUUUGUCUUGCUCCAUUCAGCUCGCCGCUCCUCAGGCUGCUGGUUCCGUCGUCUCUGACGCUCUGUACGGCCCGGCUCAUCUCGCCAGAUGAUUUCUCCAACUCUCAGACCGUCUCCGCGGCAGUCCCGACAGAGCCCUUGAACAUCAAGGACACCGUUGAUCCAUUGGUGAAUCCAGGUGUUCCGUGGACAGGCUCUGCCUCCGUCCCUGACGCGGCGACAUCUCUCGUCUCGGAAGAAUACGCCCAAGUGCAUGCAUUCGGCCUCGCCGGUGAAGUAAUACUUGCGGCACAUUCUUCUACUAUCGCUCAAGCUCCGACGAAAUACGAUAUGGUUCAAGGUCGCCUAGCCUUUGUCGCUGCGAUCGUGCGUGUAGUUUGA